CCGAUGUCUUAGUGAUUCGAGGCAAAGAAAACAUUCGAUAAACGAGACAUGAGAAACGGCCCCUCAAAAUACAACAUGGACUAUCACAGUGAGGGAAAUCGUAGAAUAACGUGAUGUAGGGCUAUAUUUCAGGAGCUAUCACUGAAGAAUUUGUUGUUUUUUUUCUCCAGGAAUCUGCUCUUUUGAUUUUGUUUAGCUAAACUGUGUACAUAACGAGCUGGAAACGAGGCCCUGUCUCAGGAAUCGACCUGUUGUUUUAUUGUGUAUAUACUCAUUUUCUGAUAUUCUAAAUGAAACCAGAAGUUCCUCAAUUAUUCCCUAAAGGCACAAGUUUUAACAUGUCGACGAAUAUCGAAGAAGAAGUGGAAAAACUUACCCAAGAAGGACAUCAACAGUUGGCCGAUGGUGACUUGGAUGGCGCGUGUAGCGCUUUCGAGAGAGCGACGACUCUCGCGUCACAUCUGAGGGAGGGGUUUAUUGAAAGAGCUUGCUUUUUCAACCUGGGAGCUUGCUAUGUCGCCAGAGGGGACGCCAAGAGGGGUAUAGAGUAUCUAAAAAAAGCUCUACCACCAGACAAAGACAGUGAUGGCACGGCGAAUUUCGCCGAUUUACAAUACAACUUAGGACUUGCGUAUGAUGCUCUAAACCAACUUGAACUCGCAAUCAAAUGCUACGAGCAAGCAAAAUGCGAAUAUGAAGCUCAGAAUAACAGAGAGAUGCAAGGUGAGACCUUGAUAAAGUUAGCUGUUGACUCUGUUGCCAUUGGAAAGUUAAGGAACGCGGCCGACUUUUAUUUGGAAGCAGGUAAUGUCUACGAGAGUUUGAAGGACAAAAAAAACCAAGUGCUUUCACUCAACAGUCGUGCUAGCAUAUUUGGCGAGCUUCAAGAUAUCGAUAAAUGUGCCGAGACGUUACGGAUGGUCGUAGAUCUAUGUGAAGAUCUCUCAGACACAACUCUAAAAGGGAAAGUGUACAAUGACCUCGGCUUGUUGUACAAUAGCUUGAAGUCUUAUGAUAAUGCGGCCGAGUGCUUUGAGAUUGCUAUUCCAUUGGUAACUACCUCUGGUCAAGAUGAAGAGCUUGAAGCGGUCUUACACCAGAAUCUUGGUGCAGUGUACAACCAGCUGAGAAAAUACGAAGAAGGGAUCAAGUAUCAUUCUCAUGCAAUUGAGCUUCAUGGGAAAUUGGGUAACCGCACAACACAAGGACAGACCUUCUGCAAUCUGGGCUUUGCUCAAAGCCAACUUGGAAAUUUUGAGGAAGCUGCAGAGAGUUUCCUUCAUGCAGUACAAGCCUCGAAGGAUGGACAUGAUAAGAAAAGUCACUGGCAAGCUCUUGAGGGUCUUGCAGCUACCUACUUUCUACAAGGGAGCUACACCAAGGCAGUAGAAAACUACAAGAGUGCACUGUUUAUCCUCACUACAUCGGGAGAAUCAGCUGUUGAACACAAUGAUAGAAUAGUGAAGAAACUUGCCGACGCCAUGGAAUGCCAACUUAAAUUUGGUGACUCUCCGAAAAGAAAUAACAAAUCUCGAAGAUCGACAAGAAAGAAGAAGAGCCCUAGACAUGGCAAAGACAUAGCAGAUAAAGGAACUAGAAAGUCCAAAAGGGUUGGUAGAACAAGAGAGAGGCAAGGUAAUCAUAAGUUGAUUGCCAGGGGUAUACAGGGGGAUGAUGAUGAUGAUGAAAGUGAAUCAUACACACAUUCAGAAGACUCUAGUGAAUCUGAUAGCGACAGCGGACGUUACAUAGAACCAUCUUGGGAACACAGACAGAAACAAGGCUCAGCUGAGGAGAUAAAAACUCUGCAACUAUCUGGUCCAUACCAGAAGCUUGUCAAGGAUGAUAAUAGAAAUGAUUACGAGGAGGCAGAUGCUGGAGCUCAACACAGAAAAAAGGAUGAUGACUAUUCCACUACGAAGCCUAGAGCUCACAGAGAGGCUUACUUAGCUUCUAUUGCAGCAUCAAAUCAUGAUGAACCAAGCCAGAGCUCAUCUCCAGAUAAGACGACAUACAGUAAAAACCAGCAGUCCAAAACUUGUGUAUUGCAAUAGCACAACUUUGCUGGUAACAUUAUGAGAAACACUUAUUUUGGUUGGAGGAGUGUACCGUUCUGAUAUCAAGUGAGAGCCACUCACUUGGGAUGGGGAUGGGGGGGAUGAGGAUGGCACAAUAAAAAUAUAUUUUUAAGCUAACUCACUCACAUAUUGAGAAAAUAGCCCAGAGUAUAGACAUUACAUGAGACUAGUCUGAAUACUAAACAGCAUUCUGUUCCAUUGCUUGGUUGCUGGAAGAUGCACAAGAGAGCUCAUUUAAUCAUAAUCAAGUCUUUGACAAUCUCACAGGCAAUGUAGGAGCUAGAAAGGGUUUUCAAGGGAAAAAUGCCAAUAUUUUCGACUGGCAUUACAGGCCAUCAUAGGGAGUGAAUGAGUUGAUUUAAAAAAAGAUUCUAAGUAGAGCUGCCUGCUUAUUAGAUUCCAAAAGCAAAUAGUUAAGUGUACCUUUACACCUAUUCACAACUGUACUGCUAUUGCAAUAUUUUGUUUCCUUAUCUAUUGGGGUCAAAGACAUCUGUUAUAAACCUCAAUCAUUCUGUAACAUUGAUUAGUUUGGGAUAACCAUUUAGCAAGUUUUCAAUAUCAUAUUUUGUCAGAACAAAAAGACUGUUUGCAGUCUACAGGCAGUACUCCAUCUACUCAAACUCUCAAAGGGAUUUAAGUCAUAGAGAGUAAAAAAAAAAAUCCUUUGUAUGAUGAAUAGAGUGGUUUUCAAAAUCCCAUGCAACAAAAUGUAAUUGUUAAAGUGUAAUAGUCAAGCCAGAACAAAAGAGAACAUAUACAUUCUUAGUACUAAAUAAACUAAAUAGUAUUUCAUGGGUUAUUGAAAACCACUCUAAGCCUAGCUGAUAUUUAAAGGUUUUCUUUAAAGAAGGCCAAUUACAUCAACAUUUUGUGCUCCCACUCAACAGCGAGUCACACAAACAUUUAUUUCCCACAGCUAGUAACUCAAGCAAGUAACCAAGAAAUUUUCAAUCAAAUAUUGCCAAUAGCAUAUCAGACCUCAUUCAUAGAGAGAUGUUAUUUUGAAGUUUCUUGGCAAAUGAACUGCUGUAUUUUUUAAUGAUAAAUAAUAGCAAAGGUGUGGGUGAUUGACAUUCUUUAAGGUUAAAAAUUAGUUGGAGAUAUGGCCUGUAGCCCAUUUUAAUAAUCUGCUGCUAAUUGUAUAUUUAAAAAAAUCUGUGCUUUACCAAACAAAACUGUACUCACUGGGAAAUAUUUUUUAUAUCUGAUAACCCCUUACUGAUAAUAUUUGUAAUAGAGUAUAUAUUUUUAUCAAAGAGAGUUAAAAUAGUGUGCAUUUUGAAAUAGCUGGUUACUUGGCAAAUCCUAAAAUAUAUAAGUUGGCAGAAUUCAAGUAAUGUAUUAUUAUAGCAGUCAUUUUAAAAUUUAAAAAUCUAAAAACUGAUUGCAUAGUAGACAUGCCCAAUUGUUUGUCUAAUAACCAGUUACCACGAAAAGCAUGUUUUAUAUUUACUGUAUGAUUGACAGUGAAAUAAAGUAAGCAGCAAUUGA